UCAGUGAUAGAAUUUCUGGUUAAUGUUAGGAAGUUUAUUGGAACACACCUAAUCACCAUCCUUUUAUGACUGUUUCAUUUUCUCCAGUUAGAUGACAUUGAUAAGCUGAACGUCAUCCAUGUCAGUGGAACAAAAGGGAAGGGUUCCACAUGUGCUUUCUGUGAAAGUAUUUUACGUGCUCAUGGGUAUAAAACUGGUUUCUACAGUUCCCCUCACCUUGUCGAGGUCAGAGAAAGGAUCCGGCUCAAUGGGCUUCCUCUUUCUAAGGAUAUGUUCACUGACUACUUCUGGCAGUGUUAUAACAAACUAAUAGAAGGAAAGGACAGUGAUGGAGGAAGCAUGCCAUCUUACUUUAAAUUCUUGACUGUUAUGGCUUUCAAGGUGUUUGUUCAAGAAAAGGUAGAUGUAGCUGUGAUUGAAGUCGGAAUAGGAGGCCAAUAUGAUUGCACAAAUAUUGUCAGGAAACCAGUGGUGUGUGGAAUAACAUCUCUUGGUAUAGACCAUGUCAGUAUUUUAGGAGAUACAAUUGAAAAGAUAGCCUGGCAGAAAGCAGGGAUAAUGAAGCCUGGUUGCCCAGCAGUUACAGUUCCCCAGCCAGGAGAUUCUUUACAAGUCAUAAACCAGAGAGCUAAAGAGAUAGGAGUAAGUGCAUGUAGAGAUGUAGAAAAAAUGAGAAUGAUGUGAGUAGAAUUGCCAGCCAUUAUUAUUCAGCAGUUUAAAAAAAGUGUCAAAAAGCACCAAAUUUCAGGAAAU